AUGGUUUGUGUUUCUUGCGGAGAAAUUUCUGACUUGAUUUGAAGAAAUUUGAGAGUAGUUCGGAUGCAGCGAAGUCCACGAUGGGCCCACGGCUUUGAUUUACUGCAAAAUAAAGCACAAUUUUAGCGACCAUCUUUUCUUGCAAAAAUGUCUGGAGCAAGCAACGGAAAGGCAAAAUUCGCAAGUUUGCUUCUCUUGUUUCAAGGGAUUUUGCUCAUUCUAUUUGUCGUUUUUGUGGACUACGGUGAUGAGCUGUUACCAUCGGACCCUGGCAGGUUGAAGAAAGUAAAAACUAGAGAACUUGGAGUUUUUCAAGAUAUACAUCUAUUGGCACUUCUUGGUUUUGGUCUUAUAUUAACAUUUCUCAAGAGGUACACAAAAGGGAGUAUGGUUCAUUCAUUCCUCAUUGUUGGCGUGGUUGUGCAAUGGGCAACUCUGCUUCAAGGAUUUUUUAAAAUGGAAAGGAGUAAAGUUCUCCUGACCAUUGAUAGAAUGAUCUCAGCUGAUUUUGCUGCAAUGGCCAUAUUGAUAUCAUUUGGUGCUGUUCUAGGGAUUGCCAAUUCAGUACAGUUGCUAACAAUUGCUCUCCUGGAAGCUUUAUUUUAUUCAAUAAAUGAAGGAGUUUGUACUACAAUUUUAUAUGUUUCUGAUAAUGGCAAAACAUUCUUUGUCCAUGUUUUUGGUGCAGUCUAUGGUGUAGUUGUUGCACGAAUGCUUUAUCGUGGGAGAGUGUUUCGUAAUAGUGGUCUUCUAUGCUCAUCAUAUAAUUCAGAGGUAUUCACUUUGAUAGGUACAAUGUUCUUAUGGGUUUACUGGCCAAGUUUCAAUUCCUAUGGUGCAGAUGAUAUUACACGACAAAGGGCAAUGGUAAACACAUUUUAUGCCCUUGCAGCAAGCUGUGUUGCAACAUUUGCUUUUAGCGUUUUGUCUAGCUCAGAAUCCAAGCUGCAUAUGGGUCAUAUACAGAACGCCACUCUAGCUGGUGGAGUUGCAAUUGGAUCUAUUGCACAAAUGAUAAUACAGCCUUGGGGUGCUGUUCUCAUGGGCUUGGUCGCCUCUCUUAUAAGUGUUAUUGGUUAUCGUUACAUACAAAGAAAGCUAGAACGAAGAUUCAGGAUAUUUGACAUCAGAGGUGUUUUGGCGAUCCACGGAUUUCCAGGACUGCUUGGAGCCAUAGCAUCUGUAAUUGUAACCGCAAUGGCCAAAUAUGGGACCUACAAGACCAGCCUCUAUCGCCUGUACCCGGCUGUUACACCAACAAGCAAUUCAACAGCUUAUAACGAACUAACGCAGUUUGAGCCCGACAUUCCUCCUGGCCUAAAUCGAUCACUUGGGCAGCAGGCAGCGUUCCAAAUUUCUGGCCUGUUUCUAAGCAUCUCGGUUGCAUUGCUUGGUGGAUUGAUAACUGGUAAGACUGAGCUCGGGGGACAUGGCAAAUCCGAAUAGGCAACAGGUUUUCCUCAAUGUCAUAUUGAAAGGAUAGCGUUUCCUCACCCUAGACGAAUUGUGAUUUGUUUAUAAUUAUAUAGUCAGAUACUCAAUAACUCCUUUAAGUGUAUGACACAAGGCUAAUUUGAUUAGCCUAUCCGGAUUUGCUAGUUUAGCCUUGAACUUGUUUUUAGUUUGUGUUAUCUUAGCCAUUGCACACCAGUUGCAGACCGGUUGUCGCUUGUUGCAUGUUAUUCCUGUGAUGUGCAACACACCUUUUUAUGCUCUCGCAACAGUUGCCUGAAGUAGGACUCUGUUCUACUUUCUGCAACGAUUGCCAGCAUUUUCAUAUCCAAUGCAUCGUGGAACAAUGUACUGUAUCACUAGCGUAAAGAGAAUAUCUACUGAAAUUUGUUUACUUUGUCGUCUCAGAGAAUAUAUAAUUUACCAUUUUAAAAAGUUUAAAUAUAAUUUUUACUUCCAGCAAGCUCUUAAGUCAAUGGUCUUCGCUUAAAUGAGGAAUAUACACAUUGUUUAGCUAUGUGUGCCUAGAUCAAAUUUCUAGGCUAUCAUCUGCUUUCUAAGUAACUUUAUACGAUUUUACCCGCGACCGUAUCAUCCAUGAGUCAUUUAAGUAUUUAUCCAUGAGUCACUUAAGCAUGAACGUAAUACUAGACCCAUUUCAAAACGCACAGAGAGCACUAUUCACUUUUCGAUGUCCGACAUGUAUU